AACCUGCCGCCCUGCUCUCCUCCCAGCGGCAGGGGGCGCUCAUGCCCUGUGCCCUCCCUGCCGCCUCCUCUCUAUGGUUCCCCCGCUCCCAACUGCUUCCGCUUCCGGGCCAGGCCUUCUCUCUGGGCCGCCGCCGCCGCCAAGAUGGUGAACGUGCCGAAAACCCGCCGGACCUACUGCAAGAAGUGCGGGAAGCACCAGCCACACAAGGUCACGCAGUACAAGAAGGGGAAGGACUCGCUGUACGCCCAGGGGAAGAGGCGCUACGAUCGGAAGCAGAGCGGAUAUGGGGGCCAGACAAAGCCCAUCUUCCGUAAAAAGGCCAAGACCACCAAGAAGAUUGUGCUGAGGCUGGAGUGUGUGGAGCCCAACUGCAGGUCCAAGAGGAUGCUGGCAAUUAAGAGGUGCAAGCACUUUGAACUGGGAGGAGACAAGAAGAGAAAGGGCCAGGUGAUCCAGUUCUGAGCAUCAUCCUACUCAUCACCACGGACAAUAUUAAAGUAUUUAGAGUGAG